UUUUUGUGAAAAAAUCUAAGUACACGUGGCAAAAUAUGCUUGGUUCUUAGAAGAUAAGAGGAUUGUGUUCACAGAGUUUAAUAACGUGAACGAGUAUAUUUUAUCUUCUUCAUCUCUUCACAUCAAAAAACUUUUCUCCUCCAUCAAAAUCCUCCGACGAUGACAACCAUAGCUGCAGCUGGCCUCAACGUCGCGACUCCACGAGUGGUCGUUCGACCUGUGGCUCGUGUAUUAGGUCCGGUCCGGUUGAAUUACCCGUGGAAAUUCGGUUCGAUGAAGCGGAUGGUUGUGGUUAAGGCUACAUCGGAAGGAGAGAUAUCGGAGAAGGUGGAGAAGAGUAUACAAGAAGCUAAGGAGACAUGCGCUGAUGAUCCGGUGAGCGGGGAGUGUGUAGCGGCUUGGGACGAGGUGGAGGAGCUGAGUGCGGCGGCGAGUCAUGCUAGGGACAAGAAGAAAGCUGGUGGCUCCGAUCCUUUGGAAGAGUAUUGCAAUGAUAAUCCUGAGACUGAUGAGUGUCGUACUUAUGAUAAUUAAAAAAUAUGUUUUUGAUGUUCGAAUUAUGAAACUUUAGGUAUGGAUCAAUGUUUGUUCUUCUUGUCCCUUGUUGUUAUGUUUGUGUUUUUGGUUUGGUUGAUGAUUGUAAUGUGAUAAAUGAAUAUGAAUAGUACAAUACACAACAUAUGUUUCAUAAUGUGUUUGGUUCGAUUACAUUUGCAGUUUCGUGAAAUUGAUAAUAAAAAACUCAAUUAAGUUUAGAUGAGGCUGAGAUGAUCUUAGGUCACUCGCAUACGUUCCUUAUUAUUUUUUUGUGGAUGUGGAGAUGUAUGUGUCAAAACGACGUUGAGCCGAGAGAAAGAUGAAUUGAUCGAGAGUUUCUUAGACGGUUUUAAAAUUGCUGCCUUGCUGGUAUGGG